ACUACACAUUUUUCUCUCUCUAGACAUUUUCUCUCUCUAGACAUUUCGCUGCUCCCCCCUUUUUUCAACGGUACACACUACUCCGACCAAUCCAGACACAACGAUGACGUCACUACCGUCUUCAUCGGCGCCGGCGCUCCAGCGAUCGGCGAUUCCCGGAAGCUACGGGUGGCCGGUGCUCGGCCCGUUGUCGGACAGGCUGCAGUACUUCUGGUUCCAGGGCCCGUCGAGCUUCUUCGAGAAGAGGAUAGAGAAGUACAACAGCACCGUGUUCCGCACGAACGUUCCGCCGGCGUUCCCCUUCUUCGGCGGCGUCAACCCCAACGUGGUGGCGCUGCUGGACGUUAAAUCGUUCUCGCACCUCUUUGAUAUGGAUCUCGUCGAUAAGACGGAGACGCUGGUCGGAGAUUUCAGGCCCGAUCUCAAAUUCACCGGCGGUAUUAGGGUUUUGCCCUUUCUCGAUACAACCGACCCCAAACAUGCUCAGAUAAAGAACUUCUGUCUAGACAUGCUAAUGCGCAGCUCGAAAACAUGGGCACCGACAAUGGUGGCCGCGCUGGACGCCACGUGGGAUUCCAUCGAGUCCAAGAAGGGCAGCACCGGCAGCUACCUCCUCCCCAUCCAGCAAAGCAUAUUCUCCUUCCUCAGCCGCAGUCUCAUCGGAGCAGACACCACCGCCGUACCGGAGAUCCACAAAUCGGGCCACGUAAUGGCCGACAAGUGGAUCGCCUUCCAGUACCUCCCGACGAUCAGCAUCAACCGCGUCCAACCCCUCGAAGAGCUCUUCAUCCACUCUUUCUCCCUCCCGUUCUGGCCGAUCAAAUCUGACUACAAAAAGCUCGAGAAAUUCGUCGAGAUCCAGGGCAAGGAAACCCUCGACCGAGGCCAGAAGGACUUCGGUCUCACCAAAGAAGAAGCCCUUCACAACGCCAUCUCGAUACUCGCCUUCAGCGCAUACGGCGGCUACGUCAUCCUCUUCACCCAGCUCCUCGGCAACCUCGCCACCCACAAGGACGUACACGCGGCGCUCCGGAAGGAAGCCAGAGAGAAAAUCGAGGAGAACAACGGCGACCUGAAUUUCGACGCGGUGAGGAAAAUGGAUCUGAUCAAAUCGUUCGUGUACGAGACGCUCCGAUUCGGCCCUCCGAUCCCGUCGCAGUUCGGCAGAGCGAGAAAGGAUUUCGAUCUGAGCUCGCACGACAAGGUUUUCGAGGUCAAGAAGGGGGAGCUCCUCUGCGGGUUCCAGCCGGUGGUGAUGCGGGAUCCGAAGGUGUUCGAGAACCCUAACGAGUUCGUGUACGACAGAUUCAGCUGCGCGAAAGGCGGCGAGGAGCUUCUGAAGUACCUCUUCUGGUCGAACGGGCCGCAGAGCGGCACCGGGCCCACAGCGGCGGACAAGCAGUGUCCGGCGAAGGAUGUGGUGCCGUUGAGCGGUGCUUUGUUACUGGCGCAGUUGUUUCAGAGAUACGAUGAGAUUGAGAUUAAAGGUUCGUCCAUCACUCUUAAGAAGGUUUCUUCUGAAUCCACCGAUGUUAAAAAGGCAGAGUGAUAUAUAUAUGAGGAUUAUACAAUAGUUUUGUGUGUGCGGUGUGGUUUGUGUAAUAACAGUUUAUUUGGAGUUAUUGUUUUCAUUUAUUUAUUUGUGAUGCCGCAUUUUGUAUGUGUUGAACUGGACAAAGUUAAAUAAUCGUAUCAUCGUUGUUCAUGUAUAUGAAAUUGCAUUAUUUCUCA